GGGAGAAUUGUAUAGGUUAAGAAGUUUCAAAAUGAUGAGUCCAGGUAAUGUAACACCCAAAUUUCGUGAUAUUUUCAACAUACCAACAAAAGAUAUAUUAAGAUGGUUCCCUGGACAUAUGGGUAAAGGCUUAAAAAACAUGCAAAAACAGUUAAAAAACGUAGAUUGUAUCAUUGAAGUUCAUGAUGCAAGAAUUCCAGUUUCUGGGCAUUAUGCAGAUUACAGCAAUACAUUGACUGGAUUAAAACCUCAUAUUUUUGUAUUAAACAAAAUGGAUUUAGCUGAUAUGAAAUUUAAGAACUCUAUAGUGGAAAAUUUAAAUCAAAAGGGAUUAUCUAACAUAUUAUUUACUAGUUUUAGAAAUGUAAAAUGUGAAGGUGCUAAAGAAUUAUUACCUUUAGCACAAAAAUUAAUUAAGGAAUCAAAUCGCCAUAACAGAGCACAUGAGUCUUCAUUUCAAAUAAUGAUCAUUGGCGUUCCUAAUGUAGGGAAAUCAUCACUUAUCAAUCGUUUAAGAAAUAAUAUUCUUCGUAAAAGUAGUGCUGUGCCAGUUGGCGGUAUUGCUGGCAUUACACGAUCUGUAUCAACACGAGUGAAAGUAUCAGAAAAACCAGAUAUCUAUGUUUUAGAUACACCAGGAAUUUUAACUCCCAAAGUAGAUAAUAUGCAUACAGGCUUAAAAUUAGCAUUAGUUGGUUGUAUGCAAGAUCAUUUAAUAGGUCCAGAAAUAUUGGCAGACUUUUUAUUAUUUUGGCUAAAUAAACAGAAACGAUUUGAAUAUGUUGAAAAAUUAGAACUAAGAGAACCACAUGAUAAUAUAUCAUACAUUCUUACAUAUAUUGCAGCAAAAUUAAAAAAGACUUUAAGAAUAAAGAAUUAUGAUGGUAAAAUAAUUAUAAAGCCAGACUUAAGGUUUGCAGCAGAACAUUUUCUUUCUUUAUUCAGAAAAGGAGAAUUAGGCUAUUAUUGUUUAGAUGAAGAUUUAUUACUGUCAAAAUGAAAUUUAAAUAUAAAAUAUAUAAUUACAAACA